UGAGAGAAGGACACACACACACACACCUGCACACACACACCUGUUUUAAUACCCAAUUAACAUGGAUGAGAUUAUAACUGAGCUGUUGUUAUUACAGAAAAUCAAGAGACUGCAGGACGAAUUUCGUAGACUGAAUUACGUCCUACAAGGCCCAGCAGCUUCUGGUAAAGAGAACAUUCGCUGCAGAGCCUCUAAAAUCCCCGUGUCUCUGGGGUCUAUUGAGAAGAAGCGUCUGGAGCGAGAGAGGAAGAAGAACGCUUCAACCAAGGAGCAGAACCUGAGAUCUGAGAAACGCCAGUCCCAGAUCCCGUUGCCAUUGGCGGUUAUCGAGAAGAGACGGGCAGAGAGUCUACAGCACCUGCCCCAUGCACCCAAGCCCCCAAACAAUCCCCAAAUGUUCGAAAAAUCCUUCCGGCAGAAGAGAGCGGAAAGGCUGAGGGCCGAAAACAUAACAAACUACCCUGAGCAGGAGCUUCCAUUACAGACUGGCCGAGUCACCCUGAGGCCUCUUCAGCUGAAAAAGAGUUCAGACGAGACCUCCAACAUUAAAUUGACUCCAUAUGACCCGCUACCGCCCAUUGAUUCUGGCGAGGGUUUGAAUAGACCGAAGAAGGUGAAGUACAAUUACCUGGGCAAAUUUGAAAGGAAGCCGGUUAAAAAAGUCGAGAAUUUUUCUCCAAAGAAAAAAGUUCUGGAGAAAAAGGAGGAGGACUGUGGGACGAAGAAACAACAAAAGCAAAAAUACAACUACCUGGGUCGAUUUAAUAAAGAAGAAAAUAAUGAAGAAGCAGAAAUGAACGCUAGUGGCUCUUCUGAUGAAACUCCUGAACAACAAGUGAGAAAAUCGAUCCGUCAUCCUCGACUCGCCAGCCAUUCCCUUCCAGAGUGCAUGUAUUGUGGCCGCAGAUUCGCCCAGAACCGCUUGGACACCCACACUGACAUCUGCUCCAGGCUCCAGCAGAAAAAACGCCCGGUCUUUAACUCCAGCAAGCAGAGGAAGAAAGGCACGCGACUGGAGGGCUACAUCAGCACAGAUGACAGAGCAGAAUUCAAGAUGACCAAGAGCAAAAACACUGCAGACUUUGUGACCUGCCCGCACUGCUUCAGUCGCAUGGCUCCACGCAUCGCCCAGAUCCACAUCGCCAAGUGCAGCACCACCAGAGAACAUCAGGAAUGACUGGGCGGGACUGGGUGUCCACUAGGCAACAAUUCUGCUCAAUUUUUGUGUAAAUAAACCAAAAUAAAAUAAAAACUAAUAAAAAAAUC